GUCCUUUUUUGUUCUCUCUCUCUCUUUCUCAUCUUUCAUUGAACUCUUUACCUUUUUUACAUACACACACACACACACAUCAUUUAAACAUGCCACUUCAAGUCAUUUGCGCCGGAUACAGUAGAACAGGCACCCUCAGCCUUCAACAAGCUUUAGAUAUCCUCGGAUACCGAACACACCAUGGCAUGAGCGUACUUACAGACCCAAGUCAGAACGCAUCAAUAUGGCUAAAGGCGUACAAGAACCCUGGCAGUGUUGAAUGGGAGGAUGCAUAUGGCGAUUAUGACGCUGCCUCAGACUGGCCAACAUGCGUCUUUUACAAGGAGUUGAUGGAACGGUAUCCGGAAAGCAAGGUGGUGUUGUCAGUCCGAUCGGCCGAGAGUUGGUACAAGUCAAUUCAAAAGACGAUCCUGCCGUUGGUUCAGCUGCGACACAUGGGCAACAUGAUGCCGGAACGAGUGCGACAAGUACGCGAGACAUGGUUUGGCACGUUUGUCCGCGGUCACAAGAUGAGCCUGAACGACAUAUCGAUUCUCUUUGACCGCAAGAAGAUGAUGCAGAUGUAUGACGCACACAUUGAAGAAGUCAAGCGGACUGUGCCUGCAGAUCGGCUUCUGAUCAUGUCGCUUGGCGACGGGUGGGAGCCUCUCUGCGAAUUUUUGGGUAAGCCCAUCCCUAACCGACACUACCCCGUGUCAAACACCGGCGGCGACUUUUCGAGUAUCUUUUGGACGGCAAUGAAACGGUCAAGCAGGUUCGGGAAGAAGAAGAAGAGCAAGACGACGGCCUCUAGAACCUCUGCCGCCACUGCCACUGUUGUUCCUACCGGUACUAGCAACAAGCAACGGCUGACGAACGACGAGGGCGCUGCAGCUGUAGCGUAAAUGGCCGAGUGGCGCAAAAAGAAAAACAUGGGCUCUUGGUGUGUGUGCUAUCAUUAUCAACAUAAUUAUUAUUAUAAUUAUUAUUAUUUGGGUAUGUACGGCAACGGUUCGUUGUUGUUUUGUUAUUACGUCUUCUACCGGCUUCUUUUUCCUUUUUCCUUCGCUAUCGCUUGUUAUACACUAAAGGAAGAAAAGCCGGAUCCUUCGAAUGUGAUAUCAUCACCUUUUUUGUCCCUUAGAAGAACAUCCACAUGAUACAGAUGAAACCUAGGCCAACCUUCUUCUUUGCUCUUUUUGUAUUACAUUCAUCCCCACCCUGUUUUUGUACACUCUGUUCUUUCUGCUUCCUUUCGUUCCCUCCCUCCCUCCCUCCUUUCUCCCCCAAACGCAACCCCCCCUCCCUCCGCUCAUCUUCUCAUCAUCGUCAUCAUCAUCAUCAUCCUCCGCCUUUUGUUGUUUUUGUUUCGGUAAAACACCUACUCACUAUUGCUCUUUCU